GACUCCUGUCACGCUCCUCACAGUCGGGUUGGUGGGAGCUGGGAACACCGGAGACCCGACUUCCAGGUGACGUUAUCGUCGCGGCCGCCGGCACGCCCGUCUUCUGUGCUUCGGUUGGCUCAGCGUCGUGGACGAGCCGCUCUCAGCGUCCAUUCUGGAAGACCGGGUUGCUCGGGGAGCGCCGCCGGGAGCCCAGGGCAGAUCCUGGGUUCUGAACCCCCCAUCCAAGGAACUCAGGAGAAGGGGUUGACAGUCUCUGCAUCCCUAACCACCCUGGACCAGGACCCAGCAUGUCUCAGGCCACCAAGAGGAAGCACGUGGUGAAGGAGGUGUUGGGGGAGCACAUGGUGCCCUCUGACCAUCAGGAGAUUGUGAGGGUCCUCAGGACCCCAGGGAACAAUCUGCAUGAGGUGGAGACAGCCCAAGGGCAACGCUUCCUGGUGAGCAUGCCCUCCAAAUACCGCAAGAACAUUUGGAUCAAGAGAGGGGAUUUUGUCAUUGUUGACCCCAUUGAAGAGGGAGAAAAAGUGAAAGCUGAGAUCUCCUUUGUGCUCUGCAAGAACCAUGUGCGCUCCCUGCAAAAGGAAGGGCUCUGGCCCGAGGCCUUCUCUGAAGUGGCUGAGAAACACAGCAACAGGAGCAGACAAACUCAACCAGAACUGCCAGCGGAGCCACGGUCAUCAGAAGAGUCCAGCUCUGAAGAUGAUUCUGACCUCUUUGUUAACACCAACCGCAGACAGUACCACGAGAGUGAAGAGGAGAGUGAAGAGGAGGAGGCAGCCUGAGACCCCAGAACCCACUUCUCCGCUUGCUCAGGGACUGGUCUCUGGCUCCUCUGGACUUGGACAUUCCCAGGGUGCUCUGCAGAUUUUCACCCCUUGAUGGGGAGGAGGCAGGGCCCCUCUCUGAACUGACCUUCUGGCUUAGGAGAAUUAAACCCCUGGUGGGUAGUGACUUGA